AUGUCGCUUGCUCCAGCGGCAAUGCCAGGCCAGCGCGCACCUUCACCUGGUGCCAACGCCAACUUUGCUUCCAACAACCCCUUCCGCCGCGCUGCCUCUCCUCUGCCAUCUCCCGACCAUAGAAUGUCUAACAACCCAUUUCUUGACCCUCCAGCCUCGUCACAGCAGCGACAGGGAGGCCCGAACCCUUUCACGGAGGACAUCUUUAAGGACCUGUCAUUGCUCGACAAGCCCACUUCAGGAGCGGCUCCUGCACCCCGUAGCAAUGGGCCUCCUCGCUCUGGCACCGUUUCAACUUCACACAGACCCGCACGUUCACAGGAAGAAGAGUCCCGCCGCCGCGGCCCAGCUCCCCCACGCGGGCCACCACGCCCUUCUAAGGACAUAAACGGACUAGACAUCUUCGCCAGCCCACCCAAGACUGAAAGCAGACGCCCUCGUCGCAACUCCGAAUCCUCAAUCCUAGACAGCAAAGACGAAGACAGAAGGAGAAGAGAGCGUCGCAAGGAACGUGAAGAACGUCGUGAGAAGGAGGGCAAAUCCAAGGACGGGAAAUCGAGAACGACCAGAAAACCUCAAGGACUUGAUCUUAUUGACAAGCUCGACGUCACAGGCAUCUACGGCCAAGGACUUUUCCAUCACGACGGACCUUUCGACGCAUGCAACCCCCACCGCAACCGUAAGAAGGAUGUUCGUGCCCCCAUGCAAGCAUUCCCCGCGGACUCGGCCAACAACGCUCUCGGUGGCUCUGGUCCUCUGAACAAGAACAUCGAUCUCGACAGAUUCCACGGACGCGGUGAAGAUGCUUUCAACGAUUACUCCCAGUCGCGCGCCCAGCAGCUGCCUGCCAAGCAUGUUCAAUCUUUCAAUCCUGCCGACCGCGUUGAGCAGAUUCACACUUCCGAAUCUUAUGGCCUUGGAACUUCGACUUUCCUUGAAGGUGCUCCAGCUUCCAGAAAGGACCUUCAACGCCGUGAAUCCGAAACCGAACCUGCUGCAUUCCCAGGAGGUGGUUUGACUCGCAAGAAGUCGCUGGCCGUACGUCUUCGAGGACUCUCACAAAACAGGAACAAUGUAGCCUCACCCGACGGAAACUACGGCCCCAUAUCUCCGAACAGCCCUGGCCAGGUGCAAAGCGCAGGCGGUAGAACUCGCAUCGCAGCCACAACCAAGGAGAGCAACCCAUUCUUCUCCGACUACAACGAUGCAUACGAGAAGAAGGGUGCUUCCAUCCGCUACGCCGAAGAGACCAAGGGUGGUCGCGCAAGAGCACCCAGCUCGCCUCACAGAAACGGUCUUACUAGGAGUAUCACCGCAGACAGCGUGUCACCCGCCGUGAACGACAUGCCCGAGAAGAGCAGUGGAGGUGGCUUCCUCAACCGCAUGAAGAGUUUGAAGGGCGGUCGCAGAGCCAGACCCGAGAGAAGAGGGUCUUGA